ACGAAAAAGGGCAUGUGAUUGAAGGGGGUAGUCGAUAUGCCUUCAGGGACCAAACGGAAGCAGCCCCACUUUUGGGGCAGCGUUAAGAAAUAUGCGAACAAGGCCUUUUUAAUCGAUUUGUGCACGAAUCCCUGCUACCUCAAGUACACCUGUUGGCUCCUUCUCGCCUUAGAAUUAUUUUUAAACAUUUUCGUUAUAGAAAAAGUGAACUAUACCGAAAUAGAUUGGAUCGCUUACAUGCAGGAAGUGGAUGGGUUUUUAAAUGGAACCCUGGACUAUCAACACCUCAAAGGUGACACCGGACCGCUUGUUUACCCCGCGGGCUUCGUUUACAUUUACAGCGCACUGUAUUUCGUAACGUCUCACGGCCGUAACAUACGAUUGGCCCAGUAUAUCUUCCUGGGACUGUACUUGGCGCAGAUGUCUCUGGUCUUCCGGCUGUACACCAAGGCAGAAAAGCUACCUCCGUACGCUUUAGCGUUUCUGACUCUCACCUCCUACCGUAUUCACUCGAUCUACGUCCUGCGGCUGUUCAACGAUCCCAUCGCCGUCCUUUUAUUCUACGCGAGUCUGAAUCUUUUCCUCGCGAACCGUUGGAGUCUCGGAAGUGUCGUUUACUCGCUGGCGGUCUCGGUCAAAAUGAACAUACUGCUGUACGCGCCUUGCCUGCUCGUCGCGUACCUAACGAAUUUGGGGCCCAUCGCGACAGUUGCACAACUCGCCGUGUGCGCCGCCGUUCAACUGGUCCUCGGGGCGCCCUUUUUGUACGCGAAUCCCGUCUCGUAUCUACGCGGAAGUUUCGAUAUUGGUCGCGUCUUUGAGCACAAGUGGACGGUUAAUUAUCGAUUUCUGACAAGGCAGGCCUUCGAGAACCGCUACUUCCACAUCGUCCUGUUGGGGCUCCACCUUUACUUGCUGUUUAAGUUUUUGCCGUUUGCGCGAAAAUACCUCGAAAGUUACGCCAAACUGAACUCGGUCAGGCGCGACCUCGACAAGAGCAAGAACUCGAAGGUUAAGGCUUCGAUUAACUUCAAUCGAAAUACGCAGCUGUUUCUCUUGCCGUUUUUCGUUACGAAUCUGAUCGGCGUAGCGUGCGCGCGAUCGUUGCAUUACCAGUUUUACUGCUGGUACUUCCACAGCCUGGUGUACUUGGGCUUCUGCACGAAGUAUAGCAAGACCUUGGUGUUCUGUUUGUUGGGUGUGAUCGAGCUGUGUUGGAAUACCUACCCGAGCACUCACUUGUCGAGUGUCCUCCUUCACGUUUGUCAUGCCACUUUGUUAAUUGGCGUUUAUAAAUAUACUAAUUGAAUUGUUAA